UGGAGGCUGCAGCUGAGGCUGAAACACCAGCUGGCUCCUCCAGGGCAUCGGCUUCUCUGGGGCUGGCAGCCUCCCGGGCAGGACUGUGGGGAGCUCAUCCGCUGAAGGACUUGGGGGACUGAGCUGCAGCACCUGAGCCGAGAACCAUCUCUGUGCAGAAAGAAACCAAACCACUUUACUUUCCAUUCUGCUGCCCGAGACAACCACAUCCUCCUCGCACACGCGCUCCCAUGGAGAGCUCAGAUGUGGAGCUGGACCUGCAGCGGAGCGUGCAGGCUGUGCUCCGGGAGCUCAGCGCCCAGGCCCCCGCCCUGCGGAGCAACCGAGGCAUGUGGAGGUGGUCCCUGCACAAGAAGGUGGAGCGGGAUCCUGGAAAGAGCCCGGUGCUGGUCCGCAUUCUGCUCCGAGAACUGGAAAAGGCAGAACGCGAGGACACCCGGCGCGUCAUCAUCCCUUUGCUGCACACGCUAAUGUACGUGCUCACCAAGGCCACAGGCAUCUCGCAGGAGCUCUACCGGAGGACCUACGCCUUCUGCAUGCGGCUACUGACCCUGCCCGCCCCCUACUGCACGGUGGCCCUGGACUGCGCCAUCAGACUGAAAACUGAGACUGCGGCCCCAGGGACGCUGUACCAGAGGCUGGUCAUUGCCGAGCAGAACUUGACGAGCGAGGUGUACCCCUACCAGGAGAGGGUGUUCCUCUUCGUGGAUCCGGAGCUGGUGCCUCCCUCCGUGUGCAGCGCCCUGCUGCUGGAGAUCCAGGCCGCCCAGACACAGCGGACACCCGAGGCCUGCAUGCGCCACGUGGUCUCCCACGCCCUGCAGGCAGCUCUGGGCGGGGCCUGCCGGGCGGAAGUUCUGCAAAGGAAGCUGCAGGGUCGCAGGCAGCAUCUGGGAGCAGGUGACCCCGUCCCAGAGCGGCCCCCGAGCAUCCCCCUGCCCAGCCCGCACAUCACGUUCCAGCUGUGGACAGAUGAGGAGCAGCUCUGGAGGGAACUGGUGCUCUUCCUGCGCCCGCGCUCCCAGGGGCGCCUGGCCAGGGCCUACCACAGCCUCAGGAAGCGAGAGACCCAGACGUUCUGCUUGUCUCCCAGGCUCAGCCUGCAGCUCUACUACAUCCCUGUGCUGACUCCUGAGAAGCGCGCAUCAUCCUGGCACUUGGAGCUCGGAGAGCUGGCGGCGUUCCUGGGCCGGGCGGACCCCUGGUACGAGAGCACCGUCAACACCUUGUGCCCGGCCAUCCAGAAGCUGGCGGAGAUGCCUCCCUCCCUGGACACAUCCCAGACCGUAGACCCCUUCAUCCUGGAUGUCAUCACCUACUAUGUCCGCAUGGGCACCCAACCCAUCUAUUUCCAGCUCUACACAGUCAAGAUCUUCUUCGGUGACCUGAGCCAGGACUCCGUGGAGGACAUUUUCCUCACUGAGCUGAAGGUGAAGAUCCAAGACUCCAAACUCCCCAAAGAGGCUUUCUCCCCCCGGAGGAGAGGUGCGGCUGAGGCCCCCGGGGCAGAGCUCUCCCUUUGCUACCGGAAGGCCCUGCUCAGCCACCGGACCCGAGAGGUUACCAUUUCCCUGAGAGCCACCGGGCUGGUCCUAAAGGCCCUUCCAGCCAGUGACACUGAAGACCACACGUGCCUGAGUGUUAACGUGACGGAAGUUGUCAAGUCGUCCAACUUGGCAGGAAGGUCCUUCUCUACAGUGACGAACACCUUCCGUGCGGCCAACGUCCAGAUCCAGAGCCAGGACCAGAGGCUGCUGACCCUGUGGCUGGACAAGGACCAUCGGCGCACUUUCAGGGAUGUGGUCAGAUUCGAGGUUGCCCCCUGCCCAGAGCCAUGUUCCGGGGCCCAGAAGUCUAAGGCACUAUGGCUCAGUUCACACCACCAGAAGGAGGUGGAAGGGACCAGAGCCAAGCCCAAGCCCCUUCUCAUGCCCAUCAACACGUUCUCCGGCAUUGUCCAGUGAGCCCAAAGGGGCAGUGGACGCGCUGAGUCCAAGAGCUGCUGGCCCACGAGGAAGGACACACUACCCACCAGUCCAAAUACUCACACCGGUGGCCGGAGCAAGGCCAGGCUGCCCUGGACUGGCCCCAAGGAGCCAGCGAGUGCCUGGAGCACAAGGAGGCUGGCCGUGAGGUUGACAGAGGCCACGCGAAGGCCCCAGGAUGCCCGGGCAAAGCUACACACACACACAAGCCCAGCUCCUGACACAGCUGUCCGCUCCUUCCAAUUCCCACCUCUCCCACUCAUGCUCCCCCCAGCCCUUAAGACCACAGUGACAGCUGCUGUUCUGGUCAGGGCCCGCGUCCUGGGGGGAAAUGGGAAGUAGACAAAGGCAACUACACCUCCUCUGCCUCCCACGUCUGCUCCCUUCCCUCACUCGAGCCUCUGCCCACCUCACCCACCCCCGGGCGUCUCUCUCCGUUGAGAGGAAAGUGUCAGAGUCAAUAAAUGCACACUAAAGUGUUUCUGCUUUUAUCUAA